AUGUUCACACCGACAACACCGGUACGACAGCAACCCCCGCACAUGGGCACAGCAAGCCAAUGGACGGGCACGACUAUACGACCCACAAGCUCAUUCAGCAGGGACGUCUUUGCCUCGCCAAUCAGCCCAUCAGCAGGACGCAGCCUCAUCCCCAACGCGAAACCCGCAAUACCGUCGCUCGGGAAUGACGAAACAGCACGGGCGUUGACACAGACUACCCACCUGUACGCAAAAGACGCACAGGGGCUCCGCAAAUACCAAACCGAUUUCGCUGCCUGGCAGACCGGGAACAAGGACGUACUCACCUUCCCAUUUACGCCAGGGACACUCCCACCGGGGUCACGGGAAUGCUACCGGUGCGGCCUUCGAGACCCACCCCACGGCGCUGGAAGUUGUGCUGUGCCGCUACCGCUACCAAUCAUCGAGUCGAACAUCCGACGAUGGGUCCACUCAGUGGUAUUCCCUCCCCGUCAGAUGGGAGCGGUGCCAAUCAACGCCAUAUUUGGUGAGCUGGAUGCAAAUGAGCCCAUCGAUUUCGGCGAGCAAGAAGAGAACGAGGAACAGGGAAACGGAGGGGAGCACACCUUAGACCAUUCAGCACGGAGGCGCCGGGAAGUUUUUACGCGGGACACCAAUUCGGAAAUACGAUUUGUAUUAGGCCAACCAUCGAAUACACGGGUUCUCGAGUAUAGGGCACCCCUGCCGAGCGCCAUACUGAGCAUAGGAUCCGACCCAGACACUGCUGUCGAACCGUUCUACCAACGGAUCCGGCUCGCCAAUGACAACGGCAGCACGGUCCGCCUGACGGCGCAGAUCGACAACGGCGCCAUGCGCAACUGCAUCUCGGCGGAGCGGUGGACACAGUACGGACAGUGCUUGGGCAGGCUGGCCCAGUCGAAGACAGUCCUCAAGGUAGCGAGCGGUGAACGGAUCACACCAAAAGGAAGGUGGUGGGGCCAAGUAUCAGUAGGCGGCGUGACAACAGGAGCGUGGUUUGAGGUCUUCCAGGGUGGCGGAGCAUUCGACGUGAUCCUAGGAAAACCGUGGCUGCAUAGCGUGCGAGCUAUCCACAACUACGGGAACGAUGAGAUACGCAUCACAGCGGCAGGACGUGAAACAACCCUGCAGAACGAGCCGAAGGACAUACCACAUGACGCCCAACCACCCCGACCACCCCCCGAGCAGCCACUUCCCCCACCCACCAGGACAGCGCCAAAACGGACACACCACAACGGCAACGACAUGAAGGAACAGAGUUCAGCAACAAGGGAAGACGACAUGGUCAACGACGAGCUCACACGUGUCCUGCAGAUCCAGUCGUCGAGACGGGGAGCCGAAACAAGAUACGCAAAACAGAGGCAGAUGCGGCGAAAUGGAGGACAAGGCGAAGAGAAGCAAUCAUAG